UUCUUCAUUCGAUACGUUUCUAUAGAAACAAAAGCGAUGUUUUAAAAUGGAUCUCAUUCCUCAAUAUACGUUCAUUCCACUUGCAUGUAAAAACUAUUUUGGUAUAAACGAUAAAGAAACACAAAAUUUACUUAACAAAUGGGGUUUGAAGACAAAUAUCAUUAUUCAACAUUUUUCCUUCAAUGAACCUUUUUAUUUGUAUCAUAAAUACCAUUUUACUGAGGCCUUUUUUAAAAAUUGCGUCGUUGCAGAAAAUUUAUUAACAAAAACAGGAAACUCAUGGACAAAGCAAGGAGUUAUUGCAUCAACUGUGGACGUAGAACAAAUACCAUGUUCUGUUAUAAAUAUGUCUUUUUUUGAUAAAUUACGAAAUCCAGAUAAAGGAAUAAUAAGUAGUUCUGGUGUUAUUCGUAAGAGAUAUGAUAGCGAAAUUCAUGAUUUCCUUGUUUCUGACAAAUUAAGAGAGAUGUUAUUGGAUGAAGAGUCAGAUCAAUAUAAUUUAUAUUCGAAAGAUGAAAGAAACGAAUUUAUCUUUUGCAUUUUCCAAAUGUUAGUUCUUGGUGGAAGUUUAUGUCAAUACGAAGACACUUUGGAACCAUAUCUUAAUACUACAAAACGGAUGUAUAAAGAUCUCAUAAGAGUACAAAAACGAAAAAAUUCAGAGGAAUUAUCCAUCAGUACAACAGUUUUAAAAGUUAUAGCUAAAGAUAAUAAGAAUCAAGAAUAUUUUCCAAGUAAUACUUCUUGUAAUGUACAGAAUAUUGGAUUUCUACUGAUUGAUGGAAAUCUACGUGAAGUUACAACGUUUCUACAUCAGUUUAGUGGAUACUCUGAUUGAUAUUGUAAU